AUGAAACAGAGAUGCUUAUUGGAUGAUAAAACUUCAUGGAUCAACUCAACAACGAUCUCCAGCCACCAAUAUCUGCCACCACCUCCAGCCGGACAUCCAAAACUUUUGAAUCCUCUGAGGCCGGUUGUGAGAAUCCAUCUCGGUGGAACAAAUGUCAAGGUUCCACAAUCAAUUCCCGUCGUCCUCUCCUUCAACAACCUCACUUGCAGCGUCAAAGUCCGUCCAAAAUUUCGAGUGGCACUACCCCGCUGCCGGUUUCAACGCAUUGUUGAUGUUGCUGCGAUGCAUCUUCAGGUUGGUGGAGAGAGUUCAUUAAAGACUACCAAAACACUCAAUGACACAUCCGGCGAGGCGCGCAGCGGUGAGAGUUUAGCUGUUCUUGGCGCUAGCGGAUCAGGAAAGUCAACACUCAUCGAUGCUCUCGCAAACAGGAUUGCCGAAGGAAGCUUAAAAGGAAAAAAGACCCUAAAUGGCAGAGUUUUGAAGUCGAGAAUGCUAAAAGCGAUAUCAACUUAUAUCAUGCAAGAUGAUGUGUUAUUUCCGAUGCCAACUGUUGAAGAAACUCUCAUGAAUGCUGCCAGGACCAUCAUAGGAGAUGAAAAACAUAGAGGUGUAUCUGGAGAAGAACGGCGUCGUGUCUCCACUGGCAUUGAUAUAAUUCAUGAUCCAAUAAUUGUUUUUCUUAAUGAACCAACGACGGGUUUGGAUUCCACAAGUGCGUGUAUGGCUGUGAAGGUUUUGGAAAGGAUAGCAAAAAGAGGGAGUAUUGUUAUUAUAUCCAUACUCCGGCCCAGUUAUCGGAUUCUUGGGUUACUAGAUCGGUUGAUACUCUUGUCACGGGGACAAACUGUUUAUAGUGGCUCUCCGAGGAAUUUGUCAUUGUUCUUUGCGGAUUCCGGGUAUCCAACACCGGAAAAUGAGAACCAGGCAGAGUUUGCAUUGGAUCUUGUAAGAGAGUUUGAAGAGUCACCAGGAGGGACUGAGAGUUUGGUCGAAUUUAACAAGUUAUGGCAGAAUUUGAUGCGUUCAAGAAAUGGUGCUGAUGAGCAAGACCUGCACGGUUUGUCACCUAAAGAAGCUAUUAGUGCAAGUGUUUGUAAAGGGCAAUUGGUGUCUGAUGCUGUUCAUAAUGAUGCUAUAAUUUCCAACUCAAUGCUACCAACGUAUGCAAAUCCAUUUUGGAAAGAGGUAGCAGUUUUGUCAAAAAGAUUGUUUACAAAUUCAUUAAGGAUGCCGAAAUUGUUUGGGAUUCGUUUGGCAACAGUUAUUCUUCUUGGAUUUGUUUUAGGAACAAUGUUUUGGCAGCUUGACAAUUCACCAAUGGGAGUGGAAGAACGACUUGGGUUUAUCUCUUUUCCCAUGGUAACUGCUUUCUUCCUUUGUGGUGAUGUAAUUCCAGUUUUCCUCCAACAAAGGAAUAUUUUUAUGAGAGAAACUGCUCAUGAUACUUACAGAAGAUCAUCUUAUGUGAUAUCUCGUGCACUUCGUUUUGUGACCACACGUUGGGCUGUUGGGCUUGAUGGCGGUCUUCCAGGAUUCUUGUUUUACUUUUUGAUGAAUUUUGCUUCGUUUUGGGCUGGAAGUUCUCUCGUGACAUUUCUAUCCGGGGUUGUGGCUCAAGUCAUUGCUGGUUAUAUCAUAGUUGUUGCUCUUUCAGCAUAUUUCAACCUUUUUGGUGGCUACUUUAUAACCAUUGAUCGAAUCUUUCAUCACUUGUCACUGGUGAAAUACCCUUAUCAAGCUGUUUUGCAGAAUGAAGUUCAAGAUCCAACCAAGUGCUUUACAAGGGGCGUUCAGAUUUUUUACAACAUGGGUCCACUCAAGUAA